AUGAACAUUGCUAGCCUUGCGAGAGCCGGCCUUCGAUCGGGAUUCUCGAAAAAGCUGAUACCACUUUCAUACUUGUCAGGUAGAAGACAUCUCUCGGUCCACCGGAUUUCUGGAUCCUUGGGAGCCGAAAUUCAUGAUGUCGACAUCAACCCGAAUUCUCUGGCCGAGAAUCCAGGCAUUGUGCAGGAGAUCCGGGAGACUCUACUAGAGCAUCAGGUGAUCUUCUUUCGAGACAAAGAUCUCUCUCCAGCAGAGUAUCUCACUUUUACAUCGCAUUUUGGAAAGCCAGUCGAGUAUCCAUUUGUCCGUGGCAUAGAAGGAUUUCCGGAGAUCAUCCAAGUGCUCAAACAAGAAACUGAAACAAUAAAUUUCGGUGGCAUCUGGCACAGUGACACCAGUUAUUUUGAGGAACCACCUAUGGGAUCCGUCCUCUUGGCACAAGAGAUUCCACCCUAUGGAGGGGACACCCUAUUUUCAAAUCAGUAUGCUGCAUACGAGGCACUCUCCGGAGGGCUGAAGCAGAUACUGAAGCAAUUGAAGGGGGUCAACACCUCAGCAAAGGCGGAUGCAAGCAAGACUCGCGAGGACCGUAUCCGCGACAGUGGGAAUAGCAAUUCAAAAGAAACAUUGGAAGCUACCCACCCCGUCGUGCGCACCCAUCCCGAGACAGGGAGGAAGGCACUCUAUGUCAAUGUAGCGCACACCUCGCACUUUGAAGGCUGGACGGUGGAUGAAUCUGCUCCUCUUCUGAACUAUUUGUUCACACAUCAGAUUAAGCCGGAGUUUACGUGCAGAUUUGUCUGGAGACAAGGCAGCAUUGCGCUCUGGGAUAACAGAUGCGUACAACACAAUCCAAUUAAUGACUAUCAUGGGUUCAGAAGACGAAUGUUGAGAAUUACUCUGGCUGGAGACAAACCUACAUGA